AUGCAAACAGAAGUUGCUCCCUGUUCACAAGGUAAAAUUUAAAUUGAAUGUAGAUCAAAAUUAAAAGGAGGAUCUAAUUAAGAUUGAUUAAUAAGUCAAUAAAGAUGACAAUUAGAAUCAAAAUGAAGCAAUGGAUAUUGAGGAUAAUCAUUCUAAUAAAUAAAAUUCAAGUAUGAAUAUGCAAAUAUCAUUUCUUAGAAAAAAGAAAACAAAAGAACAUUUAAAUCUAACCGGAUCUAAUUCUUAAUGAAAAGAGACAAAGAAAACAACCUUAAACUGCUUAAAUUUAUCGUGAUCCAUCUCCUUAAAAAAUUGUGGAAAAAAAAAAAUAACAAAAAUACAAAAUAAGUUCAUAAAUGGAAUAAAUUUGUACAAAUAUAGCUAAAUGGGAAUAAUUUUAGAUUGGUUUAAAUCAAUUAGGAUUUCCUAGUAUAGUUUUAGAUGAAGAAAAGAUUAAUGAUUUAUUAAAAGAUUAUGAUUAAAAAGAUGAUGCUGGUAAGGAAUACUAUUUAAAAAUGUUAUUAAGAGUAGUUGGAGAAGGAUUAUGUUGUAAGAAUAGAAUUGAGAUAAAUCUAUAAAUAAAAAAUACGAUUGAAUAAUUAAUUUAAUAAAAGAACAUUAUAAUAAAUUGGACGUUAGAAAAAUGGGAUGAAUAGAUUAAGUCAUUCUUAGAAUUUAAGGCAGAAUUAAGUGAAAAUAUUUAACCUGCAUAAUUCUUUGAUUUUAAGGCUUUUCAAACUCUAAUUGGUAAUAAUCUACCAAAUUACAUAGAAGAAUCUAAAAUAAAUAUUACAUUAGUUAUAUUAAAAAGUAGGCAGAUUGAUGAUCUAAAAAAAGUAUGUGAUUUGAAUGAGUUGAAAAAUAUCCGUUUAAUAAGAGAAUAUUUGGUUAUAUUAAAUAAUAAAAUAGAUUAAAUUAAGAAACUAAAAGAAAAAAUUAACAUGAUCAAAAAAAAAGAAGAAGAAGAUGAAAUUGUUGAAUAAUAUAAUUAAUAAGAUUCAAAGCUUCUAGAAUUUAAGAAUACACCUAUUAAAUUUUUAUAAAAGACUGAAAUUAAAACAAAACCAUCUACAAGUUAAAUUAAAUAAAAAUAAAAAUCAUAAAAUUUGGAAAAAAUAGAAAAUACUUAAAAUAAUGAAAAUGAAUAAAUUAAUUCUGAAAUAAAUGUUUAAACAGAAACUAAUGAAGCAACUGAAAAAAAAGUCAAAGAUCAAAAAUCAAAUAAAAAGAAAGAGAAAGAACAAUAAAAAUAAGAGAAAGUUAUUAAAGGAGCAUUGGAUAAUUAUAAAUUUAAGAAAUUAGAAAUGCCAGAAAUACCAAAUUAAUAAUCUAAAAUUGAACAGUAAACUUAAUUUGAAAUGAUUACUACUCCAAAAGAUAAUAAUUUAUAAGUUUUAGAAAGAGAUACACAAGUUUAAGAAACAAAUGAACCUUAAUAAACUCAUUAAAAUUCUCAAUAAUAAUAAUAAUAAUAAUAAUAAUAAUAACCUUAAAUUACAGGUAGAAAUCUCAAGCAUUUCUUUUUUGAAAAGAAACAAUAAUUAGUAUCAAAAUAGUAAGAAUAUAAGCCAAAGUAAUUAACCCCUUAGAAAAUGGAAUAAUUUGAAGCUUUGAUUGAAAAAAUGUCUAAUAUGUAAUUGCAAGAAUAAAAAAUAGAAGUUUCAUUAAAUGAUGAAAAUAAUGAUGAGAUUGAAAUAUAAGAAAUAAAUCCAUAACAAUAGGUUAGAAUAAGAAAAAUACAUAUAUAUAUUGCUGAUUCUGAGAAAGAAUUUAAUGGACAUUAAUUUGUAUAAUUAAGUUAAGUAAUUAGACCUAGAGCUCCAUUCUAAUAAGGUAAAUAUAAAAUUAAUAUAUUUUAGAUGAUUAAAUUGAUUAUGAUAAGGAUUCGUUGGAUGAAGUUGAAGAAAUAUUAGCAGAGAAUCUAUCAGAUAUUAAUGAUUCUGAUAAUGUUUUAAGUGAGGAAAGUGAACAAAGGGAUAGUUUUUUGGUAGAUGAUAAUCAUUUAUCAUAAGAUGAAGUAGAAGAUCCUGAAGAAAUAUUAAAUAAUAAAUGCAUUGCAAAUAAUACUUAAGUUCAAAAUGGAAUUGUUUAUAUCAAAUAUUCUUCAAAUGAACCUACCUUUUUUGAAAAUUACAAAGCUUUCUAUAUCUCAUAAUUUUUUAAUAACUUAGAAAAUAAAGAAUAGAAUCCUGGAACUAUAUUAUAGGUAAUUACAAAAUAAUAAUAAAAUAACACUAAAUAAAUAUAAAUUCCAAAAGCUAAAAUGAAUUUUAGUAAUAACAAUUAAAAAAAAUAGAAUAAAAUAAAAAAACCAAAAGUGAAUCCUACAGGAGAAACAAUAAAUUAGAAUAAUUAAAAUUUAACUAUCUUACCUUUUAUAUCCUAAUAAAAUAACAAAAUUUAAGGAGAAUAGUCUCAAAAAAAAUAAUAAUAAUAAUAAUAGAAUUAAAUUAAAGUUGAUUAAGAUAAGAUACAUCAAGAAAUUGAUGAGAAUGAGAAAUGUGAAUAAAAAACAGUGGAUGAUUAACAAAAAAAAAAGAAAAAAAAAUAGUAAUAAAACUUUAAUAAUGAAAACUUAUAAUGA